AUGCCUUCCCCCAAUCCUGCCAAAUGGUUUCGCAAGCGUGAGCAGCGCGUCGAACACGAGGAAGAGGUGUCGACAGCGCUGGAGACGCAACCCGGUCUCGGAUCUUCCCAGUGGAUGAGGAGCACACUCUAUCCAGAGAACCUAGUCAAUCUCACCACGUUUUAUCUAUCCUACUUGUUGCUUCUUGGCUCUGCCGUGGUCAUCCUCUACUUUUCCUUGCAAAAGGAGUCGUCUUUCACCCAGACUUUCGAGGUUCAAGGUUUCCCCAGUGUUGUCUUUGCAUGGAAUGCCAAUGCAGCAGCCACUUCACUGCCACCCGUCUCGGACACGGGCAGUAGCAGUGGCGGCGGACGCGCGACCUGUUCGCCGUACUACUACGACAGAGGAACCCGGCUGGAGUAUGCAUGCUCUUCGAUUGCCACCGACGCUAGGGAGAGCUUGAGCUUCAGUCUCUAUACCACGAUUCCAUAUCCAGCCACCUUCAAGACGUACCGAAGCCCCUACCUCAAGUAUCCUGACAUCGAAGUGCCCCCGUACUACCUCAAGUAUUACACCUACAUUGGCCCCGCAACCGCUACAAACCGUGCGACUGCAACUGCUGCAGCUACAGGUCCAACGACGAUGCCGCUCUCGGCAUCUGCGACGCAAGCAUCUGCAGUGAGCAGCGCUACGCUCACGGCUUCCCCAGCUGGUCUACAAGCACGUCAAGCCGGCAGUGCGUCCUCGAGCCGGAGAUCAGCUACAGCCUCUGCAGGAACACCUGCACUACUCAGCAUCCAGUAUGCGAGCGCAUCUGUCUCUGCUCUUGUGGCAGGGACGAUCGUCUCGACCAUGCCAUCUCCCACGGCUUUUCGCUCGUCCAAUGUUGUAUACACGGCCAAGAUGAAGGGCGGCUUGUACAUCUACUUUAUCGUGGUUGCCUGCUUGGCCGUCGCAUUUGCAACGCCGACCUUCAUCCUGGUCAACUACAACCUGUCUGUCGCAAGGAAGAAGGUAUUUCCCCGCGAAGUCGAGACCCCCCGUGACACAUCUGCACAGGAACCAGCGAAACCACAGACCGGUCAAAACGACAAGACAGUCCCGAUUGCGGCUCCUUCUCCUCGAAGAAGGAUCGCCGAGAACCCGAAUAUGCCUAGCCGAGCGCAAACGAGAACCGGACCAACACCCAUCUUUGAGCGCUUCCAUGCAACGCCACUGGAGAGUUUCCGGGGAAUGCAUCCGGAGGAUACACCAGCACCAGCGUGGACAGCAUCGCUUCCGCAAUUCGUCCACAGUCGCGCGCUGGCGAGGCAGCGCGGCUCCGGGGCUGACACUACAGCAGGGGCUCGUACCGACCUAGUAGCGUCCCAUUCCAUCGAGCUUCAACCCAGAGUCGACGCUGGAACGCCGCAGCAAGAAGAAGCUCCACCUGCUUAUAACGAGCGCGAUUCAACCAGGGGCGUACCACAGUGGCUUACUACGCGUCUUGGUCGAGCUGAUGCGGUCGAGGAAGACGCCAUCGAGGUGAGUGAGCCGCGUUCGCGCGAGUCGCUUGCUUCCAUCGACACAGAAGAGGCUACGAACCGUUUCAGGGGCGAACCGGCGAGUGUGGUCAUCCGCCGGGCGCUUACCCUGACCGAUUCCCCGCUCGAGGUGCGCACAGACGGUAGCCGAUUGUCGAUGCGUCUGGCGUGGAUGAUCUUGCCGACGUACGCAUACGUCUUUAUCUGGGACGGGCUUGCUUUUAUUUUCAUUCUGAUCGCCGAAAUCACUGCGGUGGGUCUGGUUGCUGAUCCCAUGGUGGACGUCGGAACAUUUAUUCGCAGCGGCGGGUGCUUUGGCACUCCGGCAGACAAAGACUCGGUGUACGAUCUGCAACGCCAGCUCUGCACUCGGUUCCUCUCGAUCUUUCCGGUGAAUUACACCGACGUGUCACCUUCCAUUUCCCUGAUCAAGAUCGGAGGCGAUCUUCUCGCGGUUACCAUCGCAUUGGUGGUGCUGUUCCUUGCGCAGCUCGCUUGGCACAUCGCUCUGUUCAGGAAGUCGUCCUUGACGGUGCGAGAUGGAAUGGAGCCUAGGAACUUGAUCAACGACAGCAAAUACACAGGAAGAACUAAGUGGGGAUAUUUGGCAGUCUGCGACAACGUGGGAAGCCACGGGUGGCGCGAGUAUGAGAGCCGAGAUUGA